CAGAGCGUAGCGCCGUGGUCGCUCCUGCCCUUCACAUCCGUCCACAUCCUUCUAGGCUCGACUCCCAAGCGCAGCAGCUAUGGCCCUGCUCAAAUCCAACAAGGUGAUCUACUGUCUGGGCAACAUCUCCCCGUCCCUGGGAGUUAUGUCCACCCGCAACAGCUCAUGGUGGGGUGGAGUGCAGAUGGGUCCCCCCGAUCCCAUCCUGGGGGUGACCGAGGCUUUCAAGAGGGACACCAACCCCAAGAAGAUGAACCUGGGAGUGGGAGCCUACAGGGAUGACCAGGGAAAGCCCUUUGUCCUCAGCUGUGUUCGCAAGGCAGAGGCUUUGAUUGCAUCCAAACAGCUGGAUAAGGAGUACCUUCCCAUUGGUGGUCUGGGGGAAUUCACCAAGGCCUGUGCCCAGCUGGCUCUUGGUAAUGAUAGUGAGGUCCUGAAGAGCAGCAGGAACAUCACCGUCCAGACCAUCUCAGGAACUGGAUCUCUGCGUAUUGGAGCCAACUUUUUGUCUCGAUUCCAUGGAGGUCCUCGUGAUGUGUACCUGCCCAAACCGUCCUGGGGAAACCACACACCCAUCUUCAGAGACGCUGGCAUGCAGCUCAAAGCUUACAGAUACUAUGACCCCUCCACCUGUGGAUUUGACUUCAAAGGAGCUCUUGAGGACAUUUCUAAAAUCCCAGAGCAGAGUGUGAUCCUGCUGCAUGCCUGUGCCCACAACCCCACUGGUGUGGACCCCAGGCCCGAGCAGUGGAAGGAGAUUGCUGACAUUGUGAAGAAACGCAACCUGCUUGUUUUCUUCGAUAUGGCCUACCAGGGCUUCGCCAGUGGAGACAUCGAUCGCGAUGCCUGGGCCGUGCGCUACUUCAUCGAACAGGGCCACAACAUUGUGCUGUCCCAGUCCUUCGCCAAGAAUAUGGGACUCUAUGGUGAACGUGUUGGAGGCUUCACUGUAGUGUGCAAAGAUGCGGAGGAGGCAAAGAGAGUGGAGUCUCAACUGAAGAUCCUCAUCAGACCCAUUUACUCCAACCCUCCAAUGAACGGCGCCAGAAUCGCUUCGACUAUUCUCAGCACACCAGAUCUGCGCUCGCUGUGGCUGGAGGAGGUCCAUGGUAUGGCUAACCGCAUCAUCAAGAUGAGAGAACAGCUGGCGGCUGGUCUGAAAAAGAACGGCUCCUCCCACAACUGGCAGCACGUCAUCGACCAGAUCGGGAUGUUCUGCUUUACAGGCCUCAAACCUGAACAGGUUGAGCGCAUCAUAAAGGAGUAUUCAGUGUACAUGACCAAGGAUGGCAGAAUAUCCAUGGCAGGAGUGUCGUCUGGCAACGUGGGCUACCUGGCAGAAGCCAUUCAUGCGGUCACCAAGUAGACUGUCCUGCUGGGAGAGCAAUGAAAUCAAAGUGUUGAAAAGGAGCUUUAUGCGUCACUUAUUAUUGGUCUCCUCCAUUCCACCUUUAGAACAGCUCAGUAUUUAGAUGAUCUCGAUUGGAUUUCGUCACAAAUUCAACUUGGAACGGUUGCUGUUGUUAAUAGUUUGUUUUCUGGUUACAUUUCUUUUUCGUUUUGAAUUUCACUGAACAGGCUCCCCUGCCAAAUUGCAAAAUAUACAUUUCUUCCCCCCUAUUGACUGAGCUGAUUGUCUCAUCUUUGCUUAUUUAUUUUGUGGAACCAACUGUUGGCUGUGCAUGAGCAUCCUCCUGAAUUUGUGCUCUUAAUCUGCUAUGGGCCCUCUCACUUUAAAACAUCAAGGAAAAGACAUUGGGCAGUGUGCGUUCGUUUUACGUACAAGAUGAGAUCUGUUGCUUUGUGAAAGCCUGUAGAAAAUGUGUUUUAUUUUAUUGGUGAGUUGUAGCACUUUAUAAGCUGUACAGCACUGUGUUUGACUUUCAAGGCAAGACCGUCAGUAGGCUUUACUGUAUUAAAGGCAUUUUAAUCAGUUUAUCGGUUCUCUGGGUUAAUCUGAACUAAUCAAUCAUCCAGUAAUUUAGUCUCUUGAUUAUCUACCUUUGGAAUUUGCACAUCAGUCUUUCAAUGUAUUCAGUACUUUUCCAGUAGGAUUUGUAAGUCUUUUUUUGGUUUCAGUUUAGGUGGUCACAGGGCAGCAGUUUCUCAGUCGGUCCUUCUUUAUGGCCCUAAAAACAACAAGCACACAAGCCUCAAGAGUUAAACUACAGUACUCUAUGGAUUCCACCAUAAAUAAUUAUUUUUCAAACUUCACCCAAACCCAAAUGUAACACCUUGUUUUUUAUUUUCAUAGUGAGGCUUCGUACUUGAUACCCAUGCUACUGCCUCUCUGUGUGGCUAAUAAACAUGAGUGGAGCGUCCACUUGGGGUGAACACAACAGUUUAUUAAGAAAAAAUGGACAUGCUGCUCAUUCACUCAGACGCCAUGUUUUAGUGUAUGAAUCUGGUCAUCGCGAAGAUUGUGAGACACAGAUGGCAUUUAGAAUGUGGGCUUUACCCCAGUCUGUUUGGAAAGAUCUCACACUGCGCCUCCAUGUUUUGCAUUCUGUCCGAAAAUAUGGAUCAUCCAUCAUGUACUUUAUUGAACAAACAAUAAAUCAACAUAGAGUAA